GAAACAAUAACGAUCAACACCAGGGGAUACUAUCGACCACCAUUUUUAUUUGCAGGCAGAGGAUCCAGAGCCAUUCAUAAUAUUCGUGGCCCCAGCUCAGCUAAUAGUAAUCUCCUAGAUUCGUCCUUCCUUGCUAAUUAAUUCCACCUCAAUUUAUCUGUGGAUCUUCUUCGUCUUCUCAUAUAAUACGUUAAUCUGGUGAGUGAGUGAAUUCAUGUUCACUGAUUAGGUAGCGUUAUAUCAUGGUUAAACCAUGUUGAUGACUCAAAAUCCAGGAGCUAUCAACAAGUUGUGCACCAUUUCAGAUACUUGCACUAGGCUCGAGCCCAUUACCCCGUGUAAACUUACAAAUGUUUCGGUAAAUUCUUGUGUGGUGGCAAAAGGAUGUUGCAGCAAUGCAUUUCAGAUUUCGCCCAUCUCAUGGAAAGGCUUUACCCGUGACAAAAUUCAUCACCCGUCACACCAAACAACAUCCAAGAGAUUGCUAUGUCAACAACAAGACUCGGUUUCUUCGGAUGAUGAGGAGUACCGAUCAUCCCGAAACAUAGCAAUCAGCUUGUUUAAGAGAUACCGAAAUUUCAUCGACAAAGGCGGAGGCGACAAUCUAAAAGAAUUCAUUAGCGCUGGGGUAAACGCGUACGCGUUGGGGUGUACCGAUGAAGGCUUACGUAAAGAACUUACAAAUAUGAAAGAAUCCAGCAUUGAAAUUGAGGAAAUGCAAACCUAUGGAGGAGGUACUAGUCUAAAAUCCAAGAUUAGUUAUGAGGAGGUGAACGAGUGUAUAUUGUGGUUGAGUAUCAUCUUUAUAACUAUAUUGUGUACUCCUCAACCUACCGUAGUUCGGUGGUCUCCAACGUCUCCGGUUUCAGAUGAGAUAAAGCUGCAAUGGAAAGGGUUUUGUGCUAUCAUAGCAAAUGCUUAUUAUUUAAGAGGAAUGGCAUGGCUUCCGGUGAAAACACUUCAAAUGGAGCAAAUGGCAGUUGUGGGGCGGUCGGAAGAGCCAUCAGUUGUUGCUAGCCGGAUGAGAUUAGUUUUUAGCACCCUUGAGGUCGUUAGUCCACAAUGGCCACGAGUGUAGCAUGUCGAUCAUGGGUAAGAGCGUCUUUGUUGUGUUUUAUGGAUCUUUAGAAAGAAAAAAAGACGUAUUCGAUGUAAAAGUGUACAAUUAAUCUACUAAGAAUUAAUGAUGUGUCAUUUACAAAUAAAAGAAAACAUGAGUUAAGAUAUAGAAAAUGAGAA